AUGCUCCCCCGCCCUUCUCUCCCCACGCCCGAUACCCCCCUGAAGUUGCUCCCUCAAUCUCGAACUUCCCGGCGGACGCCUACGAAAAAAGACGUGGCUUCCCCAGCCGCCGCCGCCGCUGUCGUCCCGCCGUCCCUCGACCCUUCUACACCCCAGAUCCCCAACAGCAAUGAUUCCGGUCACGCAACGGCUCCCUCCACUUUGCAUCCGCGAGUGGCUGUCAUCUUGGGAGUAGACCGGAAAUGGUACCUCCCUCUCCUGAUCUGUCGGGCACUGAGCACGGUGCCCGCAGCAUGGUGGGGGCUUCGGUGUGCCUUCACCUUCCUGGCCGAAUUGCUCCACAUACAGGCGGGGAUGGGGCAUGAGGGGUGGACGGCGGCGAUUGUCGAUAGUAUCAAUCAAGAGUGGGAUGUUGAAAGAAGAUUCAGGGUGACUGAGGUGGCCCUGGCGAUUAUGUGGUGCUGUGCAUCUGCUUAUCUUUCGUAUUUCUUUGCCGAUUGUAUGAUGUCUCGAUGGCUUUUGAAUUAUACCCCGCCGGCUGUUGUUAUUCGUCUCCUUACUACCAACGGAUUGAUUGCUUAUAUCUCUUCAUGGGUCCUCUACCUUUCGGGUGCAUCUUCAGAUCCACGCCUUCUCCUUCCGGCCUGGAUAUCCAUCACAACUACACUCACAUUCCUUUACCAUGCCACCCAAAACCACGCCAUGAUUAAGCGCGAAACGGCGGCUGCUUUGCUAGUUGUUUCCGUUGCGAGUUUCGUGAGCAUGUCCUCACUUCUGCUUCAGUUACAUCUAACCCGAGAAAACGAACCGGAGGUCCCCGUCUUUGUUAUCACUCGGAAAUUAUGGGAUUGGGCUGUUGCGAUAUUCCUUCGUAUGCGUGUGGCGAAUGAUCGAGUUGGGCCGCGCGAGUUGUGA